UCUGAACAAAUCUGGGGACUACAGAGCGCCCACACUGCCACAAAUAGGUUGGUUAAAGUCAUGAGCGCUGACUGGUUGGGUUCAGAUUUUGGAAAUAUGCCUCUGUGAAACCAUUUUCUUCAAAGUUUAACACACAGGUAUUUCUCUCUGCCUUCUAUUGAACACACACCUUUUAUCAUAUUUCUUGAUCUCAGUAAACACCUUGAGGGGAAAUUGAUUAUUUUCAGUUUGAAGCAUCAGUCAGUAUUGAUUCAUGGAUCAGGUGAGACUGUGUCCUCCUCCCUCUGCUGGAAGAAAUGUGUACAGCCGGGCUCUAACUGGCCAGAAGGUGUUAGUGAUUAACCCUUCCUGUCUAACCAGGAGACCAACAGCAGGGCGAAGUGCGGACAGAGUUCAAUCUUGAGAUUAUCAAAGCACCAUUUCAGCUGUUUUUACUGAUUUCUGAUGCUCUGACAACAACUGGGGAUCAGUUUUGAACACUUUGGUGCGUGACACCCACAGGCAUCAGGGCCAUUAAAUAAAAGCAUUUAACAAACUGAAUGUAACAGUGCAGACGUCUAGUUCCUGUUGAGUCUCUGCACUGCCUGAGAGAGAGACAUGGAUGCUUUUGAGGGGAUUCACAGCGUCCAGAUUUCCUCCUCUCCACCAUCUUCAGCAUCAGCCAGCCCAGGAUAUGAAGUCCUCAAAGCAGGGAGAUCUGGAAUAGCAGUAUAUUCCUCUGCUGUGUUUUUUGGGAAGCCUGAUGUCCUGGGACAGCCAGCUGCUAGACACAAGUGCAGCAGGGAACCUGAGGAGGAGGGCUGUGUUGUUGGAUGGUUGGUAGAUCUGGAUCCAGAGCCAAAGUCCAGAGUGGAGGGAGGAGGCCAGGCUGGGCCCACGUCAGGCAGAGACCAUGGCGACCUCUCCCGGCUUCGUAGCUCCUCGCUGGAGAUCAGAGAGAAAGAAAUCCGAGAGAAGGGCUCGGAGAUCCUCAGGGAACAGCUGGAUGCUGCAAAGAGGGAACUGAAACUGAAGGACAAAGAGUGUGAGCGUCUGUCGCAGGUCAGGAAUCAGCUGGAGCAGGAGCUGGAGGAGCUCACUGCCAGUCUGUUUGAGGAAGCUCACAAGAUGGUGCAUGAAGCUAACGUCAAACAAGCAGCAGCGGAGAAACAACUGAAGGAGGCUCAGGGAAAGAUUGAUGUUCUGCAAGCAGAGGUGACGGCGCUCAAGACUCUGGUGUUGACAUCUACACCUUCUUCACCAAACCGCCAGCUGCAUCCACAGCUGCAGACUUCAGGAACCAGGGGAGCGUACAAACAUGUUGGGGGUCAUUCUCGCAAUAAGAGCGCAAGCGGUGGCUUUCCAUCCCCACCUGGAAAACCAGAACCCUCUUCAGUUUCCAUUCAGCCUGCGGCCAAAGAAGACCGAGAGAUGGACUCUGUUCUGUAUGCAGAGUUUUUGAUGUGGAAGGAGAAUCCAAGUGUAGAGCGCUCCUCUGCCUUCCUGAGUCGCAUCUACAGAGAAGACAUCGGACCCUGCCUCUCCUUCACAAGAUCGGAGCUGUCGCAGCUGGUGCAGAGUGCAGUGGAAAACAACUCUUUGACUAUUGAGCCUGUGGCCAUGUCAGCGUUACCGAUGGUUAAAGCCUCAGCUAUUGAGUGUGGCGGCCCAAAUGGCUUUAGGGCAGCAAUAGAGACAAAAUGUGCGUUAAGUGGCAUGUCUCGCCUCUGCCGACAUCGCAUCAAACUCGGCGACAAGGGGAGCUACUAUUACAUCUCUCCUUCCAGCCGAGCGCGGAUUACAGCUGUUUGCAAUUUUUUUACUUACAUCCGCUACAUUCAGCAGGGCCUGGUGAGACAUGAUGCGGAGCAGAUGUUCUGGGAGGUGAUGCGUCUCCGCAGAGAGAUGACUGUGGCCAAGUUAGGUUUCUACCUCACUGACCAGGGCUAGAGGCCCGGACAGUCAACUGAAACACCCGGCAGGACGGCACGAUCUCCGCACCUUGAUUAUUUAAGGUCAGGGUUAAACUGUGGUAACAAUCAGAUCCUGGAUCUGUUUUUGUAGCAGAGGACGUACAGCAGUAGCGCUGCAGCAGAGGUCGAUCAACAAGGGAAGCAGAAAAUGUUCCACUUUUAUGCAAUAAGACAAAACAUUCAACCAGCACAGCUAGAAAGAAGUCAAAAUAACACAGAUUUAAAGAUAGUGUUGUUCCCACAGAUAUGUAACAUAUAUAUAUUUUUCCGUUAUACUGCAGGCCUUCAGUAAUUCUCUCCACUGGUGAGAAGAAGUGUUUGUUUCUGUUUCUGAACCUCCCCGGUGGAGAACACACAACUUCUAACAUUAAUACAAAUAGACUCUACGUGUCACGUUUCAAGUGUUAGUCUGUUGAAGAUGAGCACAAUGCAUGAAAGCAGUGUAGAGAGUUUAGUCGGUCUCUUACCUCGAGUAUUACAUACUUAUAUAAAUUAUGUAAUGUUAUAGUUCUACUGUGAGAGUGACAAUAUUCAUUAUUUUUAUAUAAUGCUCACUUACCAUGUGUAACCUUGAAAUUUAUGAAGAAAACUGUUUUUCUGACAGGACGCUGCGGUGAAUGAAGAAUCCAAAAAAGUGAAUAGUCUUUAUAAAUUGAAUCAAACAGGGACUGUUUAACACCAACAAACUAUAUAAAAACAUCUGUUAACAAACUCUCACACAGCCUGUGCAGUAUAGUCCAAGCCUCAUUCCUCCAGUUGUAUGCUCAGUACUUCCAAAGCUAGGGCUGUCCCCGACUAAGAAUUUUGUUGUCUUCACAAAUUCAAGGUAACACGUGGCGAGUAAUUGAUAUACAACUGGUCAAUUUGCAGGUAAAUUAUUCUUUGUUACUUUCAGUUUUUGGUUCAAACACCACAGACUUUUUGUCUCAGCAUGGCCUUAAUUUUGUUGAUGCACUCUUGCACUUCCUGUUCUAGAUGCCUUGUAUAAACACACAAAUGAAACAGCUGCAGCCUGUUGCAAAAGCUUCAUGUAAGCCUGACCUCUACUUCAUAUCAGAAAUAUUGUUAAUGACUUAGUUAUGACACUUCCAUGCUCAAAAUAGUGACAGUUUUAUAGUAUAGCCAGAAGACGAACAAGCUUUAAUCCAAGUGAUUACAAUAUGCACAACUGUAGUUUUGCACGUCUGCAGUGAAGAGUAUGUACGUACAGUUAAAGCCAUAAAUGACUUUGCAUGAAUGCAGUACAUAGCCAUAUUAUACAAUGUAUAUUGGUUGUACCUCAUAAUAUAGAUUUAUUAUUAUGAAUGGACAAUUUUUACAGAGAACAGUCUGUUGAAGGUAAAAAUGAAGACUAUUGUGUCAGAAAGUGCAAUAACUGCUUCCUAGCCUUCUGUAGGCCUUUGAGGUUCCUACCCUCAGUGUACUGAUCAUUAAAACACUCCAUUAAAGACGAGGCAUUGUAGCCUCACUGCACCA